CUCUCUCUCACGAACACAUACGCACACAAAUUUAGGGCAAGCUCAUCUCUCUAUCCCCGACACUUUUUCGUGUUGUGUUAAAUAUUUUUUUUUUAUUUAUCUACAAUUUCAAGUACUAUUUGUGCGGCGAAUCGCUCGUGUUCUCAAAUUUAGGGAUCCCAAAACCCUAAUCCCAUAUGGCGAUGACCCAAUUCGCCAUGGUGGAGGAGCUUGCUUCUCUUAUCAAGGAUAAUUUAUACAGCAAGCAUCUUAUCCUUUCCACAGAAGAGGCACUGAUUAAUUUCCUGCGAGACGACGCGAGUGUAGAGGGGAUUUUGGAGCUUAAUCCGACUAGUCCGUACCACCGCCUUCUUUUGCAUCGACUUGCUGAUAUUUAUGGCUUUGCUCAUGAAUCCGUCGGCGAAGGAGAUGACCGGCAUUUGGUUCUUCAGCGGUGCCCAGAAACAGCUAUUCCGUCGGUCCUCGUUAGCGAUAUAUUAUGGCAGUACGAUGACUGUGAAUCUCCCACAUCAUCUCUUCAGGUGUUAAGGCGAGAAGAUGAUUUCGUAGUUAAGCCGAUGCAGUCGCUAUCGCUCUCAACACGACUGGAGGAGAGAGAAACUGCUUAUCGAGAAGCUCGCAAUCGGAUCUUUGCUCUUCACGACAGUGAAGAGAAGGACGAUGGCAUUGUCCCAAAGACUCGAAAAGUUCCAGUAGUCGCUAGAAGGAUGAUCGCGCAUGCACUUGGCCAGAGAAUUCCUUCUCCUGAUGAGAAGUUCUCGUCGACAAAAUUUGAAGAGAACAUAGCGGGAGAUGGCAAUGAAAAGAGUGCUUCUCCGAGUGGAAAGUCGAGUUCACGGGAUAUCAAGUUAAGCCAUAAGCCUUCAAGCGGAAGCACUUCUCGCAACGGUGCUGGCUCCUUAGAGAAGGGAAGCGGCGACACACCUAAGAGCUCUAAGUCUAAGAGCAAUUCGAUCAGAAAUGAAAGCAAUGGAAGAGCAGUGGGAGCUGAGAAUAUGCAGAAAGAACAGAUCGGAGCUGCUAAGAGAAUUUUCGCGCAUGCACUCGGAUUACCCUCAGGGGUCUCAGCGAGUACAGCAAAAGUCGUCAAUGAGAGAGACAGAGCUCUAAGAAGAGAGACAUAGUGGGUGGCUACUCCAAGAUGUGCUUCUUUUCGGUCAUAUGAGAUGUGGAAGAGAUGCGGAUUCCCUGCUUACCAUUACCGGGCAACUGAGAUUGCGGCUACAAACAAUGAGCUGCUGCUUAGUUUCAGAAUGUUCUUCUCUGGUUCUCAGGCAUUCUAGUUGAGAAAAUCAGUAGAGAGACAUGAUGAAGAAAGAUGGUUAAGGAGAGCAGCGAGAGACUCGGAAAUGGAUUUUGAAGUAUUGCAUAAUUAGUGCAUUGUGGUCCAAUCAGUGGCGCUGCGAGUGGUAGUGAACUUGCGAUCGAGUGAAAAUAAAGUUACUUAGACCUUCUGUAAUCGAAUAAUCUUGAUCAUCUUUGCUCUCAGUGAAUAGAUAAUGAACAACCUAGUUUCGAAAUGCAUUUUCGGCACAAUGAUUCUGGUUGGAAAAAUUGGUAAAGGUGGCAUGAGAAGGAUGAGAGAACAGAGCUCGUAAGAGAUCAAUCAGGGAGAAUGGGCAAUUAGGAGGUGCAUAUUUUGGAAAUGGUCUUGGUGUUUUGGGUUUUUGUAUGGUGUUGAAGGGAUCAAUGGUGAUGUUCCCAGAUGCUGCUGCGUGCGUCUCUUUCACAAAUGCAAGUUCAAAGGCAGGUGAAAUUUCAAUGGUGUGCCAAUAAUUUGUGGGACACGAACAAGUAAUCCUAUGACCGAAUGCAAGAAUUAUUACUUAUCUAUGUGUUGUAGUGGACUCAGCACGAAGAUGACUCUGUUAUCUUUCAUAAAAAAUUUCAAAGGGUAUUUAU